AGUGGUGAAUAUAGUCAGCUGCCAGGGACAAAGUGUUUUUGCGUUCCGUGAAUAAUGUGAGUGCUAUAUUUUGCUUAAAAAUUCGUGCUAAAACCCCCAGAAGAAGUUGAAUUUAUUGUGAAAUAUGGUUGAACCAAUAUUCCAGUAUCAAUUCAGAUUUAUUUUAAUCGGCGAUAGCACCGUGGGAAAGUCAUCACUGCUAAAAUUCUUCACAGACGGCCGAUUUGCUGAGCUGUCGGAUCCCACAGUCGGCGUGGAUUUCUUUGCACGCCUCAUCGAAGUGCAGGAUGGUACGAAGAUAAAGCUGCAACUGUGGGAUACAGCUGGUCAGGAGAGAUUUCGCUCAAUUACAAAAUCCUACUACAGGAAUAGCGUGGGCGUCCUUCUUGUCUACGACAUCACAAAUCAUGCCAGCUUUGAGCAUUUGCCCCUUUGGAUGAUGGAGGCGAAGAGACACAUAGAACCCCACAGGCCGGUAUUUGCCCUUGUGGGAUGCAAACUCGAUCUAGUCAAUAGCGGAGGACGCCGCGAGGUGAGCAUCCAAGAAGCGAAAUCCUUCGCCAAGCAACACGGCCUGGGGGGUUUUGUGGAAACCAGCGCCCGGACGGGUGUCAAUGUCCUCGAGGCCUUCAGCAUGGUGACACAGGAAGUGUACAAUCGCAUCCAAAGUGGUGAAUACACAGUGGAAGAUGGUUGGGAUGGUAUCAAGACGGGCUUCGCCAAGACCAACAGUCUCGACUUUAACCUCGUCAUGGGUGAGCCUGCCAAAAGUUCAUGCUGUUGACUGCAGACGCGCAUUGGUGCGUUUGCCUUUCGGAUACAUUUUUAGAUGUAAAAUUUUAUGCUAAAAAAAAUACAACCCUAAUAUCUCACAGAGUUCAUUACCAAAAUUAAUGUAGGUACUAUACACAACGUGAGAUUCUCAACCGAAUAUUGAGCCGCGUGAAACAAAUCCCUUUACGCCCUUUAAUUUCCUGUAAAUAAUUACGCAAAUCCCCCAUUUUUUGUAAAGAUUUUUGUUGUAGAGAUUGACAUUUUUUUGUUGUGUUUUUAUUAAAAUUAAAAAGGAACAAUUUUC